AUGGACAUAUAUGGUGCGUGGUGUCCUUGAAGCCUGGUGAGUGAGGCAUUAGGAUCCCCUUACUACGACAAUGUCCGUCCACUUUCCUACCCAGAUUCUGAUGCUGUCUUGAUAUGUUUUGAUAUUAGUCGGCCAGAAACUCUUGACAGUGUGUUAAAAAAGUGGAAAGGUGAAAUCCAGGAGUUCUGCCCCAACACCAAAAUGCUCUUGGUCGGCUGCAAGUCGGACCUGCGCACAGACGUGAGCACAUUGGUGGAGCUCUCCAACCACAGGCAGACGCCGGUGUCCUAUGAUCAG